CUCUCACGACUCUUCGACGCCCACCACCACCCACCACCUCUUGAGACAUUACUUCUAGCAUCAAUCGACGCUCCCGCUCUUCCGCUUUCACCACAAACGAUCACAUUACACUCAACAUGCCUCCCAAAGCCGCCACCAAAAAGGCAAGCAAGCCUGCUGGCGCCUCCACCCACGGUCCUUACCUUGACAUGAUCAAGGAGGCCGUUGUCAGCCUGAAAGAGAGGACUGGUUCUUCCCGCCAGUCUCUCAAGAAGUAUGUCCAAGCCAACAACAACCUCUCCAACGUCAGCGAUGCCGUCUUCAACAACCAAUUCAACAAGGCUCUGCAACGCGGGUCCGAGAACGGCACUUUCACGCGACCAAAGGGUCCCUCUGGACCAGUGAAGCUUGCUGCACCUGCUGCUAAGGCUGCUAAGGCCGCUGCUGCACCAAAGACCGCCGCCGCGAAGACAACGAAGGCUGCUGCCCCAAAGAAGGCUGCUGCGCCAAAGAAGGCUGCUGCCACAGCAAAGAAGGCUGCUGCCCCAAAGAAGGCUCCUGCAGCCAAAAAGACUACAACGAAGGCGAAGACUCCAGCCAAGGCACCAGCGAAGAAGACGGCUGCCGUAACAAAGGCCAACACCGGUACGAAGCGCAAGACUUCAUCAUCAACAACAACAACCACUGCUGCCCCAGCUGUUGAGGACAAGGCACCAGUCGUCCUUGGCAAGACCAAGUCGGGACGUGUGACCAAGUCGACUGCCCCACAGGUCGCGAAGAAAGCCUCCGCAAAGAAGUCCACCCCGAAGAAGAGCGUAACGCCCAAGAAGGCAUAGGCUUCCCCGUUCUCCAACUUCUUCGAUGGAAACGACGAUGUUCUGGUAACGCCUGAUCCCCCACGCGUGAGGGUCACCGGGCGUGCUGUCGUUCGUGCGCGACGAUGAAGGCUCUUGCUAGCGGUGACGGGCGUACGGCGUCAGAUAAGGGUCUUAUAGGGGUGUGUGUGUGUGUGUGUGUGUGUGAUACCAGCUUACCGUUUGAGAAGAGGCUUUUCGUAUUCCGAUAAGUCAAUGGCCUCUAGAUUUCUGCUUUACGGGGUGUUUAUGGACGGCGUUUGAGCACGGGUGCUAUACUGCUCUGCUACGAGGAAUGUCACAAUGCUAUGCAGCGCGAACAGAGUACAUAGUCUGACAUGCAUUUUACUUGAAACUAUG